AUGUCCUCAUCCUCUUUGUCUCCCCUUCCACCGUCAAGUCUACCAACGCCGUUCGCCUUUGCAAAACCCCAGUCACCAUCGGACACUCCUCCUCCUGCUAGACCGUUAGCUAGGAGGACAUACGGUCGAGCUCGGCCUGUUUCUCCCCCCACGUCUGAAGAACCGCUUCCAGACCUGUUCCGUCCUGUGUCCAAGACAAACGUACCCGAAGCAUCACCAAGUAAAGCCCUUUUGAACCGUUUCUCCGCUGGAAACUCGGCAUGGCGUACUUCGCUCGCUGACUUGGGUGCGGAGCAGGACUCAGAAGAUGUAGAGAUAGACGAAGAGGAGAUGAAACGUGAGAUGGCACGUUUGAAAAGGGAAGCCAGAGGUGUCGAAUUGCCUGCACCUCGAGAUAUCGAUAUCGUUCCCUUGCAACCUAUCAAAAAGACGGAAUAUACACUUCCUCGGCCUCACCACCCAGUCGUACAGCCCAACAGAGCGCUCGUACAUAAUUCCAGCACUUCCACCCUUACAGCUCUCCCUCCCUCCUCCCCACCUGCUCGUAUCAGGCCAUCGUCACCAGCAGACAACAGUGCUCAGAACAUCGUAGAAGCGUCGUCUGUGGUAAAACGGCUCGAAGCUGAACCUGAAAGACGCUCCGGACCAGUGAUAGAUUUCGACGAUGGAUCUGAUGCAGACGACAAUGAAGUGGGCGACCCCUCCAGAUCACAGUCACCAUCACCAUCACCCAUUCCUGAAUAUGCCCCGAGGCGUAAAGCUAGAACCGCGCGAUCAACGACCACCAGUGACGAGAAUGAGGAGGAGCAGAUCCCACCUAUCAAAGACGUGUUCGAGAGCUACAUGAAGGAACUGACUGGUGGGGACGAGGAGGAGGAGUCAUCUCAAGCACAAAAUGAAACUUUCAACCAAGAUCCUGUCGGACUAUUCGACGACAUUGAGGAACCAUCUGGUCGGACGAAACAUGGCAAGAAGACGAUAAAGCCUCUGAAGAAAAGCGAUAUGCAAGCGAUGCAUAGCGACCUGGCUCGAAUGAGGAGAGAAAAAUCUGCCGCACCAUUCAAGCCUGAACCCAAGCGAUUACCUAUCAGCUCCUGGCUGCACGUAGUUGCCGGCGUCAUCAAGCAGCCCGACUCCUCACGUACCUCCACUCCCGGUCUGAUGGUCAACAAAAACUCAUCUCCUUCAAGUCCCGCACAGAUUACUCCUCCAGACGACAUCUCUGCCUUCACUCCAAGUUCGGCCAAUGUUGACAAACGACUGUCCAGAUCUUUCGGCCUCGGCGUAGAACAUAAUGAUCAGGAAUCAUCCUCACCAACUCCUCAGAUCGUUCUGGGUCGUGCAACAAGGCCAAUCAUUGUCCCAACCUCAGAAGACCUGGACGACGACACCCCUUUGCCGGGAAUGUUAGAGAUGCUCGAAGAACAGCAGCGUAUACGACAGAAUGAGGAAAUCCGUCGUGCAAAUCAACUCCGAUUGGCGGAAAGAAAGGCCGCCGCACUUCGUCUGCAAACAUCCAGACUUCAACUUGCCCAGCCUGACGAAGAUGAUUUCACCAUCCUUCCGGACUCUCCUCGGCGAAAUACUUCGACUGCUCCGAACGGCCCAGACGCCAAGGCCGUUUUGCACCGGGAUUCGGCUCUUCCUGUCCUAGACAGAAAUCGACAGAUGCAGCUACGCUAUGCUGGUAAAUCGGCCAAAGCGAAGAAAGACGUCACCGAGACCUUCGCUCAAUUCGCGGGUCAAGCAUGGAAUCAUGCGGGUCUGAAACGGUCUAAUGGAGGUGCUAAGCCGGCGGGGGUGAAGCAAGGCAGAGACGAGAAGAUCAGUUUCGCAGAGGUGGAGUUGAUGAUGAAGCGUAGCCAUCAGGAACAGGUCAAGGGGAUCAGGACAAAGAAGGAGGAAGAAUGGGGCAGAGGGAAGAUGUUGCCGAAUAAAGAAUUGAGAGACAUGAGUCAGCUUUUAGAAGCUGGCCCCGUUGAGGAGGAUAUGAUGGACGUUGAAGACGAUGAUGAAGAGGACGAUGAUGAGGAAGAUGAGAAUUAUAUCCUUUCUGGGGAAGAAGACGAGGCGCUGGAUGAGGAGAAUGAGGCCGUAGAGUACAGUGGAGAGGAGGAAGGCGGCGACGAUGACGAAGAGAUGGAAGAUGGUACAUCAUCAGAAAAGGACAGUACGGCAGAGGCCUCCGGACCCGAUAAGGAAAACCUCCCAGAGUCCACUAUCAGCGAAGAGCAAAAUAUGUUCUCUCCCAAACGAUCUUCAAUCAUCAGACGACCGGCUUUUCCGAUUGACGACGAAGAAACCACACCUCGUGCGGUUAAUGACUCUACGAUCCGUGCGCCUCUGGCCGAGAUGGAUGUGCCUAGCCACAGAAAGGACAGCAACGUUACUUUUAGCCCAGAUGUCGCCGGGUUUGGGACGGGAAGUCCAGGCUUCUCCCAACUCUUCGAAGCUACACAAUCUGCUGAUACAUCCACCCUGACUGAUGCCUUCGCUGGGUUGCGCGACCAACCGGCCUUGUUAUUACCCGCUUUACUACCCACGGCUCACAUAACCGAGACGCAAGCAAGGAGAGAUGAUGCUCUCAUUGCAGCUGAAUUUGAGACGGAAGCGGACGAAAUGAUUUUCCAAGAAAAGCCAAAGCAAAUAUACCUCAAUGAGAGAGGACUCUUCACACAGACCAGACCUCAAACUCGAGCUGGUACACCUACUUCCUCCUCCGACGAUGAAGACGAUCCUCAUCCUCUUGCAGCUCAAUCUGGACAUUCAUUCUCCCUUUCCGCUGUUGCCGAAGAAGACGAGACUUUGCCUGUUCCGUCAUCCACCAUGAAGAACACAUCUCACGCAUCUGAUCCCAGUCCGACUCAAGAAACGCAGGAAAAGAAGGUGCGAAGACUGAGACGACGAACUUCUUUUGAAUCGCUACCCUCUCCUUCCCAGACAGAACGAGAGGGACCGAAGAAUGCUUUCGAGAUGCUCAUGUCCCGUCCGAAGACUAAGACCGGGCCCGAGGAGAGACGUAGAUUGACCGAUAUGAAUCUGUUCGACGAACAAGCGGAGGAAAGUGAUGAAGACAAUGGUUGGGCGCCGCUCGGAGGAGAGGAUGAGGAUGAGGAUGGGGAUGAGGGAUACGUACCGGAUCUACUUAAUGACGCGGAGCUAGAUGAAGAGGAGAAAAGACGUUAUGCAGAACUUGCCGCUGCCAAGGCGAGAGAGAUCGAGCAACAAGACGAUGAGAAACGUGAAGGCCAAGCGAAGAAGAUCAUAGAGGGAGAGUAUCGUACCAAGCGUCGAGGGGCGGACUUCUAUUCUGAUGACGACGAUGAUGAUGGGCAUCCUCGAAGAUUGUCCAAGAAGCAAAGACGAAAGAGGAUGUUGGGAAAAGAAGAUGGAUUAGACAAGCUUGAAGGAGAGGCUAAUGUCUUCAAACGUGCAUACGAGGUGGAUCUCGAGAGUGACGACGAUUCUAUCGAAGAGGAGUUACCACCGAGGACAUCGCCCACCCCACAGAAGAAGUCUAUGAGAGAUGUUAGGGAUAUGCUAAAGCAGAGGGCUAUUAUGAAUCGCGAAACCGCCGACGACUCCGAUGUCGACAUGUCAGGAGCAUAUCGAACUGCCUCUCCCAUUCCUCUUGACUUGUCAGACGACGAAAUGGACAUGACAAGCAUUGCCAUAUCCCGAUCACGAUCACGUAUGCGUGGAGGUAUGGUUCAAACCUCUCGUUCGGUGGAAAGUUAUCAACAGUUCGUCCUCGAUGAAAGCAUCACUACCCGUCGUACAGGACCUACGGCAGGUGCCUCGGUGGUAGUUCGACAGAACAGUGGACCCGUUCGUCCUAAACCUACCCCUACAGGAUCGACAGCUUCUGGAUCAGGGUACAACUCUACAUCGAGUCAAAAAGGAUCUAGACUUGGUGGAUCGCACACUGGUAGCGUUUUACUUUCGAAGGGAAAUAAAUUUAUAUGA